AUGAAGGCUUUGGCUCGCUCAUACGUAUGGUGGCCAAAAAUCGACGAGGCUAUAGAAAAUAUUGCUCGGCGAUGUAAAAUUUGUUCAAUGUAUGCGGAUAAGUCACCUAAGCCUUCUUUGAUAAUGUGGGAUUGCCCUAAAAAUGCCUGGACUCGUUUGCAUGUAGAUUUUUUUGGCCCAUUGUUUAAUAAAACAUUUUUAGUUGUUGAAGACGCCACAUCCAAAUGGUUGGAAUGCUUUAUUGUGCAAAAUAUGUCUUCUUCUAAAACAAUACAAAUUCUAAGAAAGUUAUUUUCUCAGUUUGGAUUGCCCAAAGAAAUAGCUACAGAUAAUGCACAAACUUUUAUGUCUGUUGAAUUUAGUUCUUUUCUAGAGAGUUUGGGUAUUAUCCACAAGACGGGUGCUCCUUUUCAUCCAGAGACUAAUGGAUUGGCGGAGUCCGGUGUUAAAAUUUUAAAAAGAGCGCUUAUUAAAGGUUACAAAGAUCAUAAAACUGAUCUGCAACUUAUUUUAGAUACGUUUCUUUUUCAAUAUCGCAAUACGCCUCAAACAACCACUCAAGAAUGUCCAUCCAAAAUUAUUUUUGGUCGCUCUUUACGCACUAGAUUUGACUUAUUGCUUCCUUCCACCGAAAAUGUAGUUAAAAUUAAACAGCAUAAAAUGGAGAAAAAUUUUAAAAAGGUUCGAGACAUAUCAUUUUGUAUUGGAGAAAAAGUGUGGGCUCAAGAUUAUCGUACAAAUGCAGACAAAAGUAGGUGGUGUCAAGGGGUUGUUCAAGAUAUUCUUGGUCGAAGAACUUACGUAAUAGAGGUAGAUGAUGGAAUAAAAUGGAAGAGGCACCUCAGCCAGUUAAAAAAAAAUUAUGUAACAUUUCAGCCUGAACAUAAUAAGACAAAUACAACCAUAAUUCCAAGAUCUACCUCGAUUGAUAAUAAUAGUUUUAGCUCUAGUGAAGAUGAAGUGGUGGUUUUAUCAGAUAGUGAUAAAUCUGAUUUAGAAAGUGAUUCGGGUACACGUGUGUUGCGUAGACGUAGCAAAAUUAAAAUGCCGGAUCGUUUGCAAGUGUCUUAG